CCUUAAUAUUUUUUAUUUGAAGUUUAAAAACAAUCUCCCACGUGUCUGGACCGCGGUAAAAUCGAGAAAACAAUAAAAAACAUACCAAAUCAUCAGAAAUGGAUGAGUCUGAGAUGGAACUAGUAGAAGAAAAAGAAAGUGAAUCGGAUGAACAAGAUCAAGAAAUGGAUGAGGAGGGUUCUCAAGAACAAAAUCAAGAUAGUAAGGUGUAUUUGCCGGGCCAGCCUUUAGAGGAAGGAGAAGAAUUAGUAUGUGAUCAAAGCGCUUAUAUUAUGUACCAUCAGGCACAAACGUCAAACCCUUGUUUAAGCUUUGAUAUUAUACCAGAUAACUUUGGCGAUGAUCGAGAAACAUUCCCUCUCACAGCAUACAUUGUUGCUGGUACACAGUCAUCCCAGACUCACAAUAAUCAUGUUAUAGUGAUGAAGCUAUCCAAUUUACACAAAACUAGUCCUGAAGAGGAUGAAAAUGACUCUGAUGAAGAGGAUGAAGCUAAAAACCCAAAAAUGGCUGGAGCACUGAUCAAACAUCAAGGCUGUGUUAACAGAAUCAGAAAUACAACCUUAAAUAAUAAAGUAUUAGCUGCAUCAUGGAGUGAAUUGGGAAGAAUUAACAUCUGGGACUUGAGUGUUCAAUUGGAUGUUGUUGAACAAGAUCAUCAAGUUCUUUCAAAAUACAAUAAGGAAAAAUCAAAUUCGAUAUCACCUAUCUUUACUUUCAAUGGUCAUCAAAAAGAAGGAUUUGCCAUCGACUGGUGCAGCACAGCAAAAGGAGUUCUGGCAACUGGAGACUGUAAGAGAGAUAUACACAUUUGGAAACCAUCAGAUGCAGCCAGUUGGAUAGUUGAUCAGAGGCCUUUAGUAGGGCAUACAGACUCUGUGGAAGACAUUCAAUGGUCACCUAAUGAACGAAGUGUUAUGGCAUCUUGUUCGGUGGAUAAAAGUGUUAGGAUAUGGGAUGUGAGGGCACCUCCAACAAAAGCUUGUAUGCUCACAGCCGAAAAUGCACAUGAAAGUGAUGUUAAUGUCAUUCACUGGAAUAGAAACGAGCCAUUCAUUGUGAGUGGAGGGGAUGAUGGUUUUGUGCAUGUCUGGGACUUAAGGAGGUUCCAAGAAAAAUCUCCAUUGGCUUCAUUUAAACAUCAUGUUGAAGCUGUUGUGUCUGUAGAAUGGCACCCUAAAGACUCGGCAGUGUUCGCCUCAGCUGGAGCUGACAAUCAGAUUGCUUUAUGGGAUUUAUCGGUAGAGAAGGAUUCAGAAGGUAGUAGUGAAGAAGUUGAUGGAAUACCCCCACAAUUACUGUUCAUACAUCAGGGGCAGACCAACAUUAAGGAGCUACACUGGCACCCACAAAUACCUGGAGUGAUCAUCAGUACUGCUGAAAGUGGAUUUAAUAUAUUUAGGACAAUUAGUGUAUAAUUUGGGAGUUAAUAAUAAAAGACACAAUUAAAGCUUUACUUUUUCUAUAA